AGUUUCUCCUGUCCGCAGUCUGCGUCCACAUUUUAUCCUGGCCCGUAAGACUGUGGUAAGAUUUUCCUGUCAUCAGACUGUUCUUGAAAAGUAUUUUCUAAUUUUGUAAAUCCUGGCACAUUUGUCAGAAAUUUAAAAUUGUAAUUUUUUUCGAAAAUAUGAAUGAAAAUUUGGGAAAUUGUUCUUCAUCUGUUUUACCCAACUUAAGCCAAAGAGCUGAAAAGAAACUGUUUCUAGCAAAGUCACUUAAAUUGGAGGGAAACAAUUUUUUCAAACAACAAAAUCUAAAGGAAGCUAUUCGACAUUACCACAGAGCCUUGCUGUAUGUAAAAGGUGUAGAAAAUGAUGGAUCUAGUAUGUUAAGAGAUUUGGGUGCUACAUUUACCAAAACAGAAAAUGGAAAAGAUUUUGAAGAGAAAAUUGAUCCUGUAAUCCUUAAGCAGAACACUGAGCUGAAGAUAGAUUGCUAUAAUAAUUUGUCUGCGUGUUUGCUAAAAAAUGAAAAACCUGAUUAUGAGAAAAUAGUGUUCUACUGCAGAGAAGUGAUGAAAUGCUCCAGUGAAAAUCCAAAAACACACUUUAGAAUGGCACUAGCACUUUUUGAACUUGGAGAUUUUAAUGCAGCUUUGGAAUCUUGCAAUGAAGCACUGCGGUGUGGGCCUUCACAAGAUUCAAAGAUUACCAAUCUCAAAACAAGGUGUCUGGAACAACUUGCCAAAAAGAGUUAUGAAAACAAAAUUAUGUAUGAAAAGAUGUUGGGUUUCAAAUGAACAAACUUGAGCCUGAGAUGAAAACUGAAAUAAAAGGAAUGAUUUGUA